GGCUCAACCCCCAGACCUCCAGAAAUGACGUCAGAAUCAUUUGCAUUCCGCUGCCUCUACCUGCCUGGUCCAGCUGGGACCCUGCCUCGCCGGCCGCGUGGCCAGAGGGUUGGAAAUUAAUGAUCAUGAGCUCGUAUUUGAUGGACUCUAACUACAUCGAUCCGAAAUUUCCUCCAUGCGAAGAAUAUUCGCAAAAUAGCUACAUCCCUGAACACAGUCCGGAAUAUUACGGCCGGACCAGGGAAUCGGGAUUUCAGCAUCACCACCAGGAGCUGUACCCACCACCGCCUCCGCGCCCUAGCUACCCUGAGCGCCAGUAUAGCUGCACCAGUCUCCAGGGGCCGGGCAAUUCGCGAGGCCACGGGCCGGCCCAGGCGGGCCACCACCACCCCGAGAAAUCACAGUCGCUCUGCGAGCCGGCGCCUCUCUCAGGCGCCUCCGCCUCCCCGUCCCCAGCCCCGCCAGCCUGCAGCCAGCCAGCCCCCGACCAUCCCUCCAGCGCCGCCAGCAAGCAACCCAUAGUCUACCCAUGGAUGAAAAAAAUUCACGUUAGCACGGUGAACCCCAAUUAUAACGGAGGGGAACCCAAGCGCUCGAGGACAGCCUAUACCCGGCAGCAAGUCCUGGAAUUAGAGAAAGAGUUUCAUUACAACCGCUACCUGACCCGAAGGAGAAGGAUCGAGAUCGCCCACUCGCUGUGCCUCUCUGAGAGGCAGAUCAAAAUCUGGUUCCAAAACCGUCGCAUGAAAUGGAAGAAGGACCACCGACUCCCCAACACCAAAGUCAGGUCAGCACCCCCGGCCGGCGCUGCGCCCAGCACCCUUUCGGCAGCUACCCCGGGUACUUCUGAAGACCACUCCCAGAGCGCCACGCCGCCGGAGCAGCAACGGGCAGAGGACAUUACCAGGUUAUAAAACAUAACUCACACCCCUGCCCCCACCCCAUGCCCCCACCCUCCCCUCACACACAAAUUGACUCUUAUUUAUAGAAUUUAAUAUAUAUAUAUAUAUAUAUAUAUAGG